GUCUUCAGACUCGUCCGGUCGCUGACCGAUUUCUCGAGCUGCAAGAUGAGUUUGGCGGAGAGUAGAGCGCCCCGUAAGACGGCGGGGAACCGCAUGUCCGGUCUGCUGACCCGGGAGGAGGAGGAUGACUUCUAUAAGACUACAUAUGGAGGCUUCAACGAGGAAUCUGGCGAUGAUGAGUAUAACGAUGAGCGCUCUGCCAGCGAGGACGAGGUGGACUCCGACUUUGACAUUGAUGAAGGGGAUGAGCCCACCAGCGACCACGAGGAGGACGAGCCCAAGCGGAAGCGCAGGGUGGUGACCAAAGCCUAUAAGGAGCCCAUUCAACUUCUCAAGCCCAAACCAAAACCAAAACCUGAUGCUGCCCCAAAGAGCCGCCCGGAGCGACCUCCCCCGCAGGAGACGACAGAAGACAGCGCGGAGAGCCGUAAGCAGGUGCGCCAGUCGACCACAGAGCACACGCGGCAGACCUUCCUGAGGGUGCAGGAGAGGCAGGUGCAGUCCCGCAAGAAGAAAGGUCCUCCUCUUGACAGGCCGCUGACACAGGAGGAACUUCUGGAGGAGGCCAAGAUUACAGAGGAGAUCAACAUCCGGUCGCUGGAAAAUUACGAACGUCUGGAGGCCGACAAGAAGAAGCAGGUGCAGAAGAAGCAGAGAUAUGUGGGGCCGACUAUCCGCUACCACUCCGUGUCCAUGCCGCUCAUUACCGACGUCACCGUGAAAGAGGAAAACGUAGACGUGGAAGGGUUGGAGCAUGAUCAGACUGGUGACUCCAUGGCGCCCCCUAGCAGCAAGUGUUCCCGCACCUUCAUCACCUUCUCGGAAGACGAGACCUUCGAACGUAUUUUCCCCAGGAACAAAGCCAAGCUCCCGAUCCGAGAGCUGUGCCCCGUCACCCAUAAGCCCGCCCAGUACCGGGACCCCAUCACCGACAUUCCGUAUUACAACGCCCGCUCCUUCAAGAUCAUCCGAGAAGCCUACAAAAAAUACAUCACCGCUCACGGCCUGCCCAAUGCAGCCAUGGCAGCCGCUUCCAUGGGUCCCACCGCGACCACGCAGGACGCCAGCCAGCGCAACAGCCGGCAGAAAAUAGUUCUCAAACAGAGCGUCCCGGGAACCUAAAGACCGCGCCGCUGCCCGGAAGGAGAGGAAAGCGGGCGUGUAACAGCCGCCUUUAUGUUUAGUUUUUUUUAGUGUUUUUCUACAUAAAUUAUUUCCCGACCCCCUGUGUGGCGUCUGCUCGACCGGUAAAAUCCAAAUCUCCGCAGGCCGUGGAUCCAUGUGAACUCUUGUGGGUGGGUGAAAGAUGGGGGUCAGCAGAGAGGGGCAGGCUUCAUACUUUUUU